AUUUCACUGUUUUUUAUGUCCCAAAAAGGAAAAAUAAAAUAAAAAUUAUCUUUAGCGGCAACUCCAACACAAAUUAACGAAGCACAGAACAACCUCAGCAACCUCAGAGAAAGUGUUGAACGACAACAUAGAGCGAAAACGCUAAUGGCAAUCUCAACCCCUCUCUUCUCUUUCUCUUCUUCUUCUAUCCAUUCAUCUUCACCUCUGUAUCUUCCAAAGCUCCUCUCGCCUUCUUUGACUUUGACACGUGGCAAUUCAACCUCAUUUUCUAAUCUUGUUAUUCGCUCUUCUUAUUCCGAAACGGGUUCUUCCCCUGAGCCCAUCAAUUUCAGGAAUCCUGAAAUUCGGUCCAUGUCUCGGUUGGGUCUUUCGAUGAAUGAAUCAAGCAAACCAUCGUACAAGUGGCAAAGGGUUUUGCUCAAAGUCAGCGGAGAAGCACUUGCAGGAGACCACUCUCAGAAUAUUGACCCAAAGAUAACCAUGGCCAUUGCAAGGGAGGUGGCAUCUGUGACUCGCCUUGGCAUUGAGGUUGCACUUGUUGUUGGUGGGGGUAACAUUUUCCGUGGAUCUUCCUGGGCUGGAAGUAGUGGACUAGACCGCUCAUCUGCUGAUUAUAUUGGGAUGUUGGCCACUGUUAUGAAUGCUAUAUUUCUUCAAGCAACAAUGGAGAGUAUUGGAAUUCCUACUCGGGUGCAGACCGCAUUUCGCAUGUCUGAGGUUGCAGAACCAUAUAUCCGUAGACGGGCUGUGAGGCAUCUAGAAAAAGGAAGAGUUGUCAUAUUUGCUGCCGGAACUGGAAAUCCAUUCUUUACCACAGACACUGCAGCAGCACUCCGAUGUGCUGAAAUUAAUGCAGAGGUUGUACUCAAAGCAACAAAUGUCGAUGGAGUUUAUGAUGAUGAUCCAAAGCUUAAUCCACAAGCACGUCUUCUUGAAAACGUAACCUAUCAGGAGGUAACUUCAAAAGAUCUGUCAGUGAUGGACAUGACUGCCAUAACUUUAUGCCAGGAAAAUAAUAUCCCAGUUGUUGUCUUUAAUCUAAACAAACCAGGUAACAUUGAGAAAGCCAUUAAAGGCGAAAGAGUUGGCACUCUGAUUGGGGGAACAUGGAAUUCUACUAUAUCAAGAACGUGAAAAUAUUUGCAGUCGAAUUACCAAUCAAUUCUUUGUUGGGUUUUUCCUUCACAAUCUUCCAGUUGAGGAUGCCAAAAAUGUGAGGUGCAUUACUUUGCAAUUGGUGUUUUUUGAUGGACUUUUAAGGGUUCUGUUGAGUCAUGAAUCUGUAAAAUAUAACAAGGUAAAUUACUGUUCGAUAUUUCCCUCCCAAGGUUUGGCCUAAUUUUACUUUGCCAUCUUGUGGUUUAAACAAAUGACAUUUUGACUUCUGAACUUUGCUCUGUUAGCACACGAUUGCUGUCUUCUUUUUUAAUCCAUAUUUUGUAUAAUAUUCAUGAAGUACCUUAUAUCUUUCGUCCAAAAAAAAAGGGUACACUUUGGCUG